AUGUCUGCUCUCAGCACUGCUACCAUCCUUCUUAGCAAAGAGGAGAAAGAGAAAGUCGCUAAGGCGAACAAGGCCGCUAAGCACAAAGAGUUCCGUGCUCAACAGUCAGAUGCCAAGAAGCGCGUUUUGACGAGGCUUGGUGCAGACAACGAGCCGAACAAAGCAGAUGAAACCGAUGACACCAAGGGUCUCAAGGAGUGGAAAAAGAUCGAGGCUUUCAUGGAUCAGCUAGAGGCGAAGAUUGCGGCUCUCCAGGCUCGGCUCGCUACCUAUGAGGCGCCGAUGUGGUAG